AGCCUUUGGUUACAGUUCAUUCAUUGCAAUUUAUUUUGUUGACGUUACUUUGGGAUCCUGGGAAACGGGACUUCUGAAUAAGCUUAACAGUUUUAAGUACAGCAUUGGGCUAGUGCUUAUCCGGAUAGGUUGGACUCCCAUGCUUCCCAAGUUGUGCGCAAGUAAAACACUUAAAUAUCCACAAGUAAGGAGGAUAGUUUAAUAAAUGAACCCUGUGAAAAAUGGCGGGUGGGCACGGUAACCUAGAGUCCCUUAAGACACUUAAACAGCAAAACUACAGGAUCGAAAAUCGGAGCAAGCUGUUUCAAUUCUGAAUUGAAAGAAGCAGUAUGCUAUUCGGCCACCUUAAGGAAGCCCAACAAACAUUUCUUGUGCCCUGGUGAUCUCCCGUCGUCUCCGGGACGAGGCGUUUUACCUGUGGUUUCCCAGAGUGGACACAAGUGGCAGUCUAGGCCACUCAAGGUUCAGCUCAGUAAAAAUAACCAUCUGAAACAAAAUAUACAUAAAUCUGUGAUGAAAGCGUGGUCCUGGGAACGUUAGGCCCCAUUACGUAGGUCUCCUCAAUCAGAAUUGGCAUUUUUCCCCGACCUCCAAGUGAUUUAAUUGGUUUUGAGAUGAAUUGAGCCAGAAUAUUAGUGUUAAAUCCUAGGAUGGCUGACUAUGACAAAGAUUACAGGGGAUUGAAAUGAUGAACUAGUCAUCCAAUCGGAGUCUGUUUUAAUUCACCAAUCAGGUCGUUCACUCUUUAGCCAAUAGUUUCAUUGCGCGGGACUUUUGAAAAAGGCGAGACCAAUCGGAAUGUUUCUGAAUAUAUAUAAAGGCAACGCCUUUGGCCUUGUUGGUCAGUUUGGCUUACCUCCUCGCUUUCUCUCAAAUGGCUCGUACGAAGCAGACGGCGCGCAAGUCGACGGGCGGCAAGGCCCCGCGCAAGCAGCUGGCCACCAAGGCGGCCCGCAAGAGCGCGCCGGCCACCGGCGGCGUCAAGAAGCCGCACCGCUACCGGCCCGGCACGGUGGCCCUGCGCGAGAUCCGCCGCUACCAGAAGUCCACCGAGCUGCUGAUCCGCAAGCUGCCGUUCCAGCGGCUGGUGCGCGAGAUCGCGCAGGACUUCAAGACCGACCUGCGCUUCCAGAGCUCGGCCGUGAUGGCGCUGCAGGAGGCGUGCGAGGCCUACCUGGUGGGGCUCUUCGAGGACACCAACCUGUGCGCCAUCCACGCCAAGCGCGUCACCAUCAUGCCCAAGGACAUCCAGCUGGCGCGCCGCAUCCGCGGGGAGCGGGCGUAAGGCUUUCCCACUCUUGAUUUCGAUCAACUCAAAGGCUCUUCUAAGAGCCACCCACUUUUUCUGUAAAGUUGCUGUAACUUUGUCCACUUGAAGCCGUCUGGGGGUUUUAAUGUUCGAGACUUGAUUACCCCGUUGGCCUUCUGUCUUUAAGUUGGUCUGGUGAAUGGCGUUUGGCUGACUUCAGAACCUGCUCGCUGCGUUCUGCACCUUGAUGUGUGCCCUAAACUGCUUGAGUGGAUAGGUGGUUAAAAGUUCUAAGGUAGUACCUUCUGGCUCCGGGGAAAGGGCAGGUGAGUUCGGGAAGUCCGGGCUGCUCUGGCCUGGCAGUAGGAUGAUUCACUAUUUUAUAUGUGACUGGUUAAUGGGGACAUGUGGAAGUUGGGGAUCUUUACUCCCAAAAAGUGAGCUUGGGUGCUGGUGCUUGUACGUUUGCUGUUUACACAAAGUUCCCACCGGUUUGGGUAUUUGCAGUUGGAAAACUGGAGCUGUGGGCAUGUUUAGUUUUUUCAUGUUUGAAACCUCAAUUUGACUAAUUCCUA